AUGGAACUAGAAUAUUCAACAGUGUCGUCUGAAGCCAGCACAGAGAGUUCAGAAAUAUCUCAAGAACUAAAUACUCUCGAAGAAUGUCGAAUAGAAGGUGUGCGUCUACAACUUCCACAGGGCUUGUGCGAAAACAAGGAGAUAUUCAAGGAAUUUUUCUCUUUAAAGACAUGGCAAGAGUGUUUUACAGAGCAACAGAAGCAGCACCUCAGAAAUUUUCUACCAUCUUUCCCUGAGAAUGAUGCACAAGAAAAAGAUGAGACCCUCCGUAGGUUGUUUGCUCGAGAAAAUAUGCGGUUUGGUGUGCCGCUCAAUGACUUUCACAUGCGGCUUAAAAAUGGCUUCUUCAGGCCCGACAUUGCCAAAAUGAGAUCACUUAUUCGGAAGGCAGAAGAGCGAGAAUAUGGAAUGUGGCAGCGGAACUACUUCAGACGAGUGAUGAAGGCAGUACUGCUGUCUCGUCAACAUUACUUGGAAGAAGCAAUGUCACAGCCACCCGGCCACCACCGUCACACUCGCCAGAACGACAUGACGUCUCAUCAACCGUUCUCCACUUCUCCAGCAGAAUCGUUGCCAGGCUAUACAAACAAUGCAUCCUUUUCCGCAGCUAAAAAAAUUGCUGCAGAAAGCCGUGCUCGUAGACGCUACUUUCGAGAGCUUGCUGCUGUCCGUGAGGAAGUUGGCCAGAGUGACCAUAGUUCUGAAGAUGAGAACUAUCCUGAAGGUCCUCCGCCCAGACUGAGCAAACGGCAGAAACGGCAACUGGCGGCUCUGCAGAGCUCGCUGCGGACGGACUCCGGCGGCUUCGUCGCCGGCGGGGAGAACAGUCCCACGCGGCACUGGCCCGCCGUCGCGUCUACUCUGUCUGUCCGGUCGGGGGAUGUCGGCGGUGGUGCCGGGGACCUUCUGCUGGCCGGGCUGGAUGCAGGGUAUGCCAGUGCGAGUGGCAGCCUGUACGAGCCAGGGGAGGAGACCUACCGUGCCAUGCUCUACCGCCACAAGAGGCGAAGAGCACACGGAGAUUCACAUCCGGAUCUGGAGACCCACGGUAUCUCGAUACAUGAUGUGGCGACAAGGGCGCAGAUGGCUAAGAGACCAAUCCCCGCAACACCUCCGCUGCGCUGCCCUCCCUCCGUCAGCCCCACGCCGAACGCUACCUCGUCGCCUGUUAGCACACCUAGUCACCACUACCAGCAGCAACGAGCAGGGACACCACCGAGUACGCCUCACGAGGGAGGGAAGGUGACCGUAAAGCGUCAGAACAUGCCAGCGAGGGCAGGAAGUGGGAAAGGAAGCAGUGCCGACCAUCAGCAUCUCAACAACAGGGCGCCUCAUCUUCGCAUUGCUAGCCCACAGGUAACCAAUGCUGGAGCCAACAGUUCAGAGAGCUCAGAAAGUGGGGAUGAAACUGAAUCUGAAUCGGAAGAUGCUGUCGACGAUAAGACAGGCCUUUUGCCAAUGUCUGUUAAAGAAGAGCUUAUGGUGCUACCAGAAAUUAAGACAGAACCAAUCGAAGACACAGAACCAUCCCCCAGGGCAAAAGUACGGCGGACUAACAGCGUUGGGUCUUCACCUCGAGGUGCCGGGAAAGCAGUGCAAUCGCAAUCGCAUUCGAACAACCGUAGUAGUCAGCAGCAGCAGCAACAGCAGCAACAACAACAACAGCAACAGCAGCAGCAACAGGUGCAGGUGAAAAUGGAGCCAGCAGAGACAGUGCACCAGCAAGUGCAGAUGAUAAAGCUGGAGCCGGGUGAGGCGUGGACCACCAAGCAGGACGGCUCGGCCACGAUAGUGCUGGACCGGCACAGCUCGUCAUUGCUGCAGCAGCAACAGCAGCAGAAGCAGCUGCAGAGGCAGGAACAGCAGAAGCAACAGCAGCGACCAGAGCACAAGCAGCAGAAGCAGCCAUACCAGCCGCGCCUCGUACACGUCCGUAAGGCCUACAACAUCGCCACCCUGCAGGACCUUGACGGCAUCGACAUGAUGAACCUGCCUGUCGACCUGGAAGAUUCUUCUGACAUAAAGCCGGCUCCUGAGCUGAUGCAGGAGACACACACCUGCUUCUUCUCGUUGAUCCGAGAUGUGAUUUGCUCGACGGUGCAGCACCGGAUGGCAAUGCCGACCCUCCAGGACAGGUUGCGGGCCUGGCAGGAGAACCCCAUCUCACCCCUCAACGACUGGUACCACCUGGCACCUGACUCGUGGGUCAGCUUGCUGCCCUCUGCCAUCGGUUUCCUCUGCGGUGACUACCCUGAUUUUCAGCCAGACGAAUUCGUGCCGUAUUUGGAACGCAAACCGAACCAAGCGUACCAGUGGAUUGGUGCCGGGAGGGACUCCGACUCCCACCUGCUGCCACUCUGCCAGCACUGGCUGCUGCGCCGGGAUGAGAUGCGAGCCGUCGGGCCACGGCCGCCACCACCCCCAGCGCAGCACGGGGGACCUGGCGGGAGGCGGCACUCCCACCACGGCCGAGAGAGGGAAAGGGAGAAGGGCAGCGCGGGGGCGGAUCACGUGAGGGUGGUGGACACCUCGGAGGGAGAUGGCGGCGAGGUGCCGGGGCAAAGCACGGAUGACGAUGACCGCGCACAGUCUCCACCUCCACCCAGAUGCCCCACGACUUGGGUGGUGCGGCCCAGCACUGCUGCCGAGAAGGAGAUCUACCGGGAGCAGGAACGCCGCCGAUAUGAAAAUCCUCACAAGGCUUUCACUUUUCGGAUGCACGGUUACGAAUCUGUUGUGGGCCCCGUCAAGGGAGUUUACAAUCAGAGUGCUGGGCCCAACAAGCCACGAGGGCAUUCUCUGCUAGUUGGUGAGAGGCCAAAUUUUGUCACCAUCUUAGCACUUGUGCGUGACGCGACAGCCCGCCUGCCCAACGGCGAGGGCACGCGCUCCGACAUCUGUGAGCUGCUGCGUGACUCUCAGUACUUGGCUCCGAUUGCCCAGGAGAACUACCUGCAUUCUGUGGUGAGCGGGGCACUCGACCGCCUGCACUACGAGCCGGACCCCUGUGUCAAGUACGACACCAAGCGGAAGAUCUGGAUAUACUUACACCGCGGCCGCUCUGAGCAGGAAUUUGAGAGACUCCACCAGCAACAACAAGGUGUGACGAAGGCUAAGAAGCCCCUCGGACCACGUAAGCCCGGUGGGCGGCGCCCAAGGCAAGAAUCUCAGCAAGGGGGUGUGCUGGCCAGCGUCACUUCUGGAGAGCAGGUACAUUCUGUGUCCGAAUCAGCUACUGGCUCAUCUCAGUUGCAGUCGACCACGACAGCGUCCUCUGCGGGUGGCGCAGCUCAGCAGGUGGUGGUCACUACCGCGCCAGGGAAGGGCCUGCCAGUGGUUGGUGCUGUGGCAGGGGGACGUGGUGGGCGCUCGAGUGUGCACCAGCAGAUCAGGGUUGCCGGGAGUAGUGCGGGCACCGCCAUCCACAACCUGCAGGUGACUACUUCGGCUGGCCAGCAAACAAUACAGGUAACAACUUCGCAGAACCUGCUGCCUGCCGCGGGAAAAUCCCUACUCGCAGUUUCCAAUCCCGGGGUGGGCUCCAUGCGCGGCACAUCACUCGCACAGUCUGUGGCUGCCUCCAACGUAGUGACGGCGACCUCAGCAGCGACUAGUCUGCCCGCAUCUUCCCAGCAGCAGCAGGUGGUGAAGACGGUGACGCUGACGGCACAGCAAGUGCAGGCAGUCGCAUCUGCGAGGGCGGCAGCGGCUGCUGUGACAGUGACUGCACCGACCACAACCGUAGGCGCCACUUCGCUCAGGAUGGUGGGUACUGCUGGAGCUGUGACCCGUGGCGCCAAAGGGGGCAAAGCUGGCAAAGGUCAGGGCCGAGAGAGGGUGCGCAGGACGCAGCCGAUCACAGCAGCGAGUCUCAUGACAACAAUGGCGGGCGGCAAUGUGUCGCUUUCAGGAGGACAGGUUGUAACGGGCACCGGUAUUGCCACCACCGUCACCUCUCCUCUGGUUCGACAGGUUGCGGGACAACAAGUUGUUAAUCUGCAACAGCUGCAGCUGCUGGGCGGGUCCCGCAGCCCGCAGCCCCAGCAGCAGCAGCAGCAGCAGCAGUCGGCCUCUGGCGGGUCACCGAAGCUGCAGAGCACGGCAGUGCAGCAGCAGGCACAGCAGGUGGUGGCGGGUGGGAAGGCAGUGGGGCUGACGGGUGUGAAGCUGGUGGGCGCCGUGAAGGCACUGCAGCAGCCGGGCGCGGACCAGCAGACCAUCCUCAUCAAGCAGGGCUCGGCCGUCACCACGCAGCAGGUGUCUUCCCAGCAGCAGCAGGUGCUGCAGCAGCAGGCCAAGGCAAUAGCACAGCUGCAGCAGCAGUUACAGCAGCAACAACAGCUGAAGCAGCAGCAGCAACAACUAAAGCAGCAGUUGCAACAACAGCAGCAGCUGAAGCAGCAGCAAACUACGAUUGCUACUGUCGGUGGGACGGUUGUGAAUGCGGCCCAGCAGAGAUUAGUCACGUCCGUGUCGGUUCUCGGGAGUGGCCAGCCGCAGGCUGCACGGGUCGUCACCAGAGUUGGUGGGAAACCGGUACCAGUUGCCAUCUCCACGCAGCAGCAGCAACAACAACAGCAGCAGCAGCAGCAGCAGCAGCAGCAGGCACCUGUGGUAGCAAAGGUGUUUACCAAUGCGCAGGGCCAAGUUAUCUCCAUGGAAAGCCUCCUGGCACACCAUAAGCAGCAUGGGACUCUCCCACAGGGGACAGCGUUACGUGUGACGACAUCGACAGCCGCAUCUGUUAAGGCACAGCAACAGCAGCAACAACAGCAACAGCAGCAGCAAGUGUCUGCUCCCACGGCCAGCCUCAUACAGAUACCGGGAGCAGCGACGCAGUUUGCGGUGGUGUCGCAGGGCAGCCUGUUGUCGGUGGCGGGCAGCGGAGCCAGUGCACAGACGACCUCUGCCCCCAGAAUACUGCAGGCUACCCAGUUACAGCAACAGCAACAGCAGCAGGCGGCAGUGAAACUGGUGCAAACACAGGGAGGCACCAUCGCGAGCACUGCGCAAGCGACGCAACUGAGAGUCGUGGGGACGGCGGGUGCUGCAACGGCAGCUGGCAUCAACUUGGCACACAUCGGUGGCAAGCCCGUCAUCAUCGCGGCAGGCAAAGGGCAGGCAGCAGGCCAGAAUGUGCUGCUGACGACAACACAAGCGAGCAGCGGGCAGACGCAGCAGCAGACGGUGGUCCUUGCGUCGAGGGCGCAGGGUGGGGCCCUUGUACUGCAGCCUGGGGCUGCUGGCGGGGCGCAACAGAUCCUGCUGCCACCGGGCGCGCUCAACCUGAAGACGCUGCAGGGACUCAAGGUCAUCCCGCUGUCUCAGGCCACAGCAGCUGCCGCAGCGAAAGGUCGGCAGCAGGUUUACGCACGCAUCCUGAGCCCUGGCAUCCGAGCUCAGGGGGCGACUAUUGCUACCAGCGCAGCCAACAUCAUGGUUGCAGCACAGCAACAGCAAUCGGGAGGAGUGGCAGCGCAUGCUGUCGGAGGUGCGGGUGACAACGCUGGAUCUGGGACCAACCCUGACCAGUGAAGCUGUAAAUGUAUUUAUAAAUUGCAUGUUAAACCUGUUAGAUUGGACUGCUAAGAAGAUGAACGGAGUAUGCUCUCGGACUGGGGUAAAGCAAAACACUACCGAGGACCCAUCAGCUGUUGAAAACUGCUCGUCUGCUGUUAACGCAGUGUGAACACUUAAGUACCUGAAUGCCUAACAUUGCUGAGAGAGCAUGAGCUCACCACUGGCAUGAUUUCUUUUAUUAUGCAUUGUUUGUGCCGUACAGAAAAUCCUGUUCUUUUGUAAUUUUGUUUAAAUGUAGAAAAAAGAGUGAACUACUUCAUGGCUAAAAGCACAUUCCUUCAGAAAGUACUAAUCCGUACAAUUUUUUAAAUGUGUUUUACUAUGGAGAAGAAACAAUGCUUUCUCAUAUGACAUAUUCUGAUCAGUUAUAUAGAUUACCACAUUUUGUAAUUAUUUUAUUUUUGCUGGUGCAUUGUGGCAGGCUUGUGUAUAAGUACAGAGCCAAAACAAUUAAAAAAUUGUACCCAACAUUCAUCAUUGGAGUUGCGUACCCAAAAGAAAUUAAUGUAAAAUGUGACUUUUGCAUUACUUUUCAGGAUGUUCAUACAGUUUAAAUUCUGUUUGUUUGAUACUGCUGUUGUCUCUGUUUCUUUUGAUUUUAAUUUUCCAUAUUUACUUUCAAAAGAAGCUAUUACUGCCUCUAGAAAAGAAAAAAAGAGGAAAUUUUUUAUUGUGAUUUCUUCUAUUAUCAUAACGUGAAAUGUAUAACUGCAAUUUCUUUGCAAUCUGCAAAAUUUUAUUCUUAACGAGCAGAUUUCAAGAGAAAACAAACUACUUCAAGUGUAGAAUGAGAGUAAACAGUCGGUGUCAGUCACCAUCUUUCUGGAUAUAUUAAUGGAAUAAGAAAUAAAAAUAAUAAGAUGUCUAAGUAUGCAGAAAAUGAUAAAUAUUUUUCUUAAGAGUUGCAGAUCAUAACUUUUUGGGAUAGAUACCUUUUUGGGACAGCCAAGUCCCAAAUAGCUGAAUAUACUCACUGAUCUGUGUUAAGACAUGCAUUAGCAGUGUAUCAAAAAAUUAAUUUGUAGGCACAUGCCUGCCAUCUACGUAUAAAUAACAAGUUUGAAAAUAUAUGAAAAUAAACAGACAGCUGUUCAUAAGAAUAUCCCAUGAGCUUUGAUUAUAAAAGAAAGAAAUAACAUUUUAGAACAGAUUGUGUUUUUAGUAGUUUUUUGGUGUUUCAGCCAUCUACUGAGUAACAGCAGUACUCUAUUUCCAAUUUCCGCUAGUUGUUCUCUCAAAAUGUUACAGUUUUCGGUAAUGUCUCGUGUUGUAUCGUGACCUGAACGAGUUUAUCUCUUCUUUUUGGUAUGUUAAUUCCAUUUUUUCUAUUUUCUACAUUAAUGGUCUACUUCUUAGUGUUCAUCCAUGUAGCUUCCAUUUUAAGCACAAUAUUUCUUUGACCGACCCAGUCACCUUCAGGCGCUGAGAGUUGUGCUGUGGCAUGUACUCACUGUCUGGACCCCAACCACACUAUGAACUAUCAUUGGUCUUGUGCUGGUGUAUGAAACUGAUUUUGAAUUCAACUGCUAACGUCCACAGUGCCUUUUGAGGCUCUUUUUGUUUUCCAGAGCCUGUACUUACAUUCUGUAGAAACGCAUAUUCUGCCAGUGUUUCCCAGGUCUGGUGGAUGUGAUGGCUGGUGAGAUCAUAACUGAGUGCCAGUCCCCAAGCUGUGUUGAAAUUGUAACAUCUGUCUCCAUUUAUUAGGUUUAUUGACAUAGUUAUUUUGAUACUUUCCUUAACGAUGCUGUCCCAGAAACUAAUCUCACUGUGUUUCACGUGGUAGUUUUAGUGGGGUGUGUCAUUGAUGUUCGUUGCAUCUCUCUUUGACUGUUCUGAUAGUCUGCCCCACAUAAGGCGUGACACCUUCAUACUGAACUCAGCUUUCAGAGACCUCAGUCAUCUUUAACAGUACAAAGAAUGCUUUUUAUCUUAGUUGAAGGAAGCAGAAUACACUGGAUGCCCUGUCUCCCUAGAAAUCUACCAAUCUUUCCAGACAUUGGCAAGCAUAAGGUAAAUGAGUGAGUUUUGGUUUCUCUUUGCCUGUCUCCGUUUCAACCUCUUUCUUAGGUGUCCUUGAUUUUGACUCAGAUUGAUGAUCUGAGUAACCACUCCUUUGAAACACAGUUGUUAGGUGUUGUAACUCUUCGGCAAGGCUCUCCUUGUCCAAUUUCUGUGGACAACAGUCUUUAGCACUGAAUAUCUGGGUAACAUAUGGUGAUCGCUCAAGGUGAGAGGAUGGAGGUUGAUGUGCAUGAGUUUUCUGUAUGCACUGUGACCCAUCAAUACCAUAGAUCUUCUGUUAACAUGUCAAGUAAAGGUAGCUAGUCCUCUUCUUCAACACAGCUGAACACCUGCCUGGAAGCAUACCAUUAAUCAACCACACUGAGAAAAUCUGAGAGAUCACAUUUAUUAUACUCUUUUUCAAAAAUUUUCCCCUUUGUGACUUGUAGAAUGUCUCCUGUCUGGAUGUCUCCUAUAACACUACGCUUCAGAGGCUUCUGAUAUUUUUAUUUGUUUCUUCCCUAUUGUACAAAUCAUGCACCCACACAUGUCCUAUGCUCCAAAUAUAUGGUUUCGUGAAUCUUUUUGUGAUAUUGAGCUUUAUAUGAUUCGAUGAUAGUAGACAUUGCUUUUUAUAGAAAGACUUUUUGCCUUGUGCAUUCUUGGCUAUUGUGCCCUCUUGUCUAUUCCUUCUUUAUCUGUUCAGCUAUAUAGAUAGCAAAAUGCCUUCAUCUCAUGUUAAAUUUUGAUAUUGGAAGUCCUGGUAGGAUGUAAGUAAUUAUAAGCAAAGGUAACAAUUUACUGAAUAGUAGAGGCGUUGAGUCUUAAACAAGCAGAUAAAUCUUGCUUAAAUAUAACAUUUAGCAACUGAAAGCACCCACCUUGUAGGCAUGUAAUUGUCUUUGCUUUCUUUCUGUUUAUGUGCUCACUACAGCCAUCAGCUAAUACAUAUUGCAUUUCAUUAAGCACUAAGUUAAGUGUGUACAGUUGGAAAAGCUUACACGAAUUGUUCAUAACAUUCUUCUUUGUUUCCCGUCUUUUGGUUCUUUGCAAUUGAAAUCCUCACCAUCAUUGAUUGAAAUCAAAUAUUUCUCUCUUUUUUCAUUACUAGCUGCACCUAGAGUAUAAUGAUAAUUUGUUCUUAUUAUUUAACUGCUUUAAGCUUAAGCUUGUAAUGUUACAAUUUCACUUUGGGAUUCUAUGUCACAGUACGAGUACCUCCUGUCUAUUUCUGUUCAUUGUUGUCUUCUACAUUAUCAUUCUACCUACUCUGAAUAUUUUUCUCUUUUCACAAGGAACAGAACUCCAUAUUUUGUUCUAUGCAGAUUUUUGCACACUGUAAUAAAUAGUAACAAUAAUAAUAAUAAUUUGUUAUUACAUCAGCAAUGAAAGUGUACUCUAAUUUUGGAUGCAGUAAUUUAUGUUUCAGUAGUACAGAUCACAGGAAAAGACAAAAUAUAUCCUUGAAAAGAUAAUUAUUUUCAGUCAUUUAAUUUUAUGCUUCACUUCUUCAUAAUAUCAUAUUGGAAACUAAUAUUUUGCUUGCUGCAUUUCAUCGAACCAUCUCUGUGAACACUUUUCCAAUGUAUGCACUAUAGAACUGCAGCAAGUGUUGUUGAUGAGGUGAGGAUUAUAAUGUUUCUCAUAGGUGGUAUUGUACGAUGGACUAAAAGCCAAUAAUGUAUUUCUGUACCUAUUGUUCAACGGGCUUGAGUAUUCUUUGUUUUUAUUAGUCCUUUGUUGUCAUGGUCAUCGGUCCAUUUGAACCUGUUUACUGUGUUUAAACCUUCAUAAUUUCUGCCUCCCACACUUCCGUCCAUUACCCAAUUAACUAUUCUUCAAUGUCUAAAGAUUUGUCAUAUAAGUCUAACCCUUUGUGUGCUCAAGUUGUGCCUAAAGCUUGUUUCUCUCCAGUCCUAUUCAGGACUUCUUCAUUAGUUCCUCAGUCUACUUACAUAAUUUCCAGUACCAACACAUGUCAAAAAACUUCUACUCUUUUCUUGUAUGUUGUAUCUAUCGUUCAUGUUUCACUUCCAUGUAAUGCUUCACUCUAGACAAAUAUUUUCAGAAACAGUUUUGUAACACUUAAAUUUGUAUUCAGUAUUAAUAAAUUACUCAUUUUCAGAAAAAAUUUCCUAGCCAUGUUCAGUCUACAUUUUGCGUGUCCUUCACUUACAUUGUCAGCAGUUAUUUUGCUAUCCAAACAGGAGAAUUCAGUCUCUCAUUUUCUAAUCUAAUUCUCCUAGCAUCACCUGACUUAUUUCAGCUACACUCCAUUACUCUUGAUUUAUGUUUGUUUAUGUUCAUCAUGUACCCUCUUUGCAAGACACUAUCCACUCCAUUCAGUUGAUCUUCCAAGUCCUAAGCAGUCUGACAGAAUGACAAUCUCAUUAACAAAACUCAAAGUUUUUAUUUCCUCUUCAUGAACUUCAUUUCUUGUGCAAAUGUCUCCUUAGUUUACUGCUUGCUCAGUAUACAUAUAGAAUAACACAUGGGAUAGAGGCUACAAUCCUGUCCUCCCAGUUCAUUGUAAAUUACUGCCUCCCUUUCAUGUUCUUUGAUCCUCAGGGCUGCAUUCCUACAUAUUUUCUUAAGCAGACUAAUGUACUGAUAUAGUAACUGAUAAAUUAAGUUGCUUUUUGUGGUGCAUCUUUUCACGCUGACAAAGAUUUUUAGCAGAAAGAGUAUUAAAGACAUUUUCCUAAUGUGAUUUACGUCCAGUUGAUGAAAUCUUUUGUGAAUUUUUAAAAUACUAGACACUCAUUUGAUGUAUUUGUUACCAGCUGUCAGUGUAUUAGGUUUUAGAAUGUGUCAUCAGGUGUUCAUUGAAAGAAAGAUAUUUUAUAUGUAUAGUGUGCAUUUUCAUCCCUCUUUUUUUUUUUUCUUUUUUCUUUUUUUUUUCUUUUUUUUUUUUUUUUUUUUUUUUGCUGUAAUAGGAACAUAGACUAAUCAGUUGAAAUGUUGUUGUCUAUGUUGCACUGCUAAUGCAUAUUUGGAAAAGAGAGACAAGAAGAGGAGGAAAAGAAAGGAAAAAAGAAUAAGAUCAACCACUGUGCGUCAUCGUCGUUCACCAAUAUGGUGUGCUCUGUGUUCUUCUUAGUCCAGAGAGAGAAUUUGGUGAUAGUGGUUAUUGUAUUUCCUGUUGGACAUGUAAUUUUCUUCUAUAGUCUAUCUAAAAGUGUCAAAAGUUCUCCAAGUUGCUACAAAUACCUCAUUCUGCUUCCUCUCCGUUUUACUGCCUGUAUGAAACAUCCUGAGCUGUAGGUAACAACUGAUUUUAUUUCAGUCCGAUUGUAGCAUGCACAGAGCUUUGUAGUUCUCCUGUCAUUGGGAAAAAGGAAACACAAAAAUAAAGCCAUGGUUCAGUUUGUCUUUCUUAAUAGCUGUCUCACGCUUACUGCCAAAAGGGCAACAUUUUAUUAGGUUAGAAACAAAGAUUUCAGUAUUUAAUAACCUAGCUGUGGAUGUAUGUAGUGUGCUAGCUCUCAAGUGCAAGUUGUAAAAUAAAUUAUUAUUUACACAUUGUGAACUUGUAGAUUAUUUUUAAAAUAAUAGAUUUUUAUUUACAAAAGAAAUAUUUUUACAAAAAGAACAUGCUUGUAUAUAGUAAUUUAUAAAGUUGGCAGCUUAUAACCGCUCAGAGAGAGAAAUAGAUGUGACAUCAAAGUACAAAAUUGACUCCUUAGCAUAUUACGGUACUCACUAAAAUUAUUGAAAAAAGGCUUUCAUUUUAUAAAGCAAUUUAUUAACAUCAACGAAGAGUGGCACGGAUGGUGAUAUCUUGACUGUCCCGUCCCAUUUUGUAGUAAUGUCCUUAGUAUGUAUGUGCUAAUAGAUCUGCAUUUAAAUGACUUAGGGUGAGUGAAGGUGUGCUUUGUAACAUUUCCUUUUUAUAUAUGUAAUGUGUAAAAAAAUGUAAAUAAAUUUUUGACAUUAUUUACUACA